AUGGUCAAUCUCGGGCGCUCAAAAGGUUGUCAAACCUGCAAACAAAGACGAAUCAAAUGCGACGAGGCCAAGCCCAAUUGCCAGCGCUGCCUGCAGGCCGGUCGCGAAUGCGGAGGCUACAUGAAAAAGCCCGUCGAUUUCAGGUUUAAAGAUGACCUCAAACUGGCCCCAAAGCCACGGUGCCAACGCCAUCAAGCUGCUCUGGUGUUAGCAGAGGCUCGAAAGCCAUCACCUAUCCCUGCGCUCUCGCCGGUGCAACGAGACGUCGCCCUGGGAUUUUUCGUCAACUGCUUCUCUACCACAGGCAGGACCUGCGAGUCUGCGCGAGGCUUAUUCGAGAUAAUGGGGCCCGCUGUUGCAAAAGAGCACCCGUCUUCGGCUGUCUCCGUUGCAGUGACUGCCGUCGCGAUGAAGAUGCAUGCUCUGUGGCGCCAUGGAGCAAAGGCCGUGCCCUCACCGCAAUGUUUAGAGACACAUUCCCUGGCGUUGAGCCGCCUUCAGCAGGCUCUCCGGGAUCAAAAGGAGUUGAGGAGUAAGUCAACAGUCCUCGCAGCUCUUGUACUUCAAUGCCACGAGACUCUCACGGCUGCUUGGGAUCAAAAACAGCCUGCCCUCACACACCAUGAGGGAGCUGUGACCUUGUUCCUGAGUCAAUCACCCAAAGUUGACGGCAGUGCCCUGUACGACACCCACCUCUUGACGAAAAUUUUGCAUGAUGAAGUCUCAUCGGCCCUCCGCGAACAGCGACCCGUCUCGCCACGGAUUUGCUUGUGGCUCAGCGGUGACGACAAACCCUUGAGCCCAAGCUCCACCCUCGAUCUCAUCGGUGUCUCGAUCGCCAAAAUUCAACUCCGGUUCUUGCGACUGCUGGAUGAAGCCCAACCAGACCCGACUCCACGCCAGACACAAAGUGAUAUCGAGGAACUGUGGGCAGACAUCAGAUCCACAGACAACGAGCUCAUCGGGUGGUUUAAAACGUUUCCCAGGGAGUGGCGGCCAUUGAAGGUGCGGCAAGCCAAAAAAGCAGAUCCUCCCAUUAUAAGCUAUUCAUAUGGCUAUGAUAUUUAUCCUUCUAUUGCAAUCGCAGCGGUUUGGAAUACGUGGAGAUGCUACCGUCUGAUGCUUCUCAAAAUGGCACUCGUGUUACUUCACGAGAAAGCGGAUGCUGUCUUGGCAGGCAUCACCAACAGCCACGGCUUCGAUACAACGCCAAAAGUAAUGUCCUGGGUCGAGGACAAUAUCCAGUCGCUAUUUGACUCGGUAUGCGACAGCGUCCCUUUCCACCUUGGCAAUUGCAUUCGCAGGUCUACGCUCUACGACUUUACAGACCCCGGCAUUGUUCAUCCGAGCUAUCAUGAUUUGUCGCUGCAUAAGACCAUCUUGCUCGAGCACCCGAACAGCAAUCGCUUCAUGUCUUUCGAAGAUCAUAGACAUAAUGUUAUAGCCCAAGGACCGUGGCACAUUCUAAGCCCACUGGGCCAUCUUCUCCGGCUAUUAUCUUCCAGGUUUGGUCACCUCUUGGCUCAAAAGCUGAGGCAAGGCCAGAAGGACUGGAUUCAGCAACAACUGACUCGCACGACAGUGGUAUUGGACUGGGAUCAUACAAAGAAGUAGGAAAAGACAUUGCGACGCCGAUUUUUAUUAGAAAGGAGAGCCUAGGAUUUGCAGUGUGGCACGGAAAUGACGAACAGAGAUGCUGGAAGGCCCAAUAGCCCACCCAAAAGACAGGUGGAAGCUGUAGUGGCGGGGUGUUUUUAGUAGCUCGAGAGGUUGAAAUUAAAGAUGAUAGAAAUUAGCAAAGUAGACAGGGUAAU